AUGAAAAAUUAUAAUGGAGCUACGCCAGUGGUCGUCUCUACCACUGCCCAAGAUUUUAAGGCUAUCUUGAUGUGUCGUGCUCUGGCCGAAAAGCUAAGAAUCUUGGAAGGACAUAACUCAACCCGAUUAAGUGCCUUGGAGAUGUGUAUAGCCCCAGAUGUGGUGAUUCCUCCAAAAUUAAAAGCGCCAAAACUUGAAAAAGACAAAGGCCUCACAUGUCCUAACGUACACUUGAAAACGUAUUGUAGAAAAUUGGCUGCCUAUCCUAGAGAUGAUAAGCUUAUGAUCCAUUGCUUUCAGGAUAGUCUAUCUGGGGCAUCUUUGGAUUGGUACAUGCAGUUACAGUGUAAUAACAUCCACACUUGGGAUGAGUUGGCUGAAGCAUUUGCAAAGAAAUACAAAUAUAAUACUGACAUACCGCCAAACCGUACCCAACUUCAGAGUAUGGACGAGAAAGAUAGUGAAUCUUUUAAAGAAUAUGCACAACACUUGAGAGAAUUGGAUGCAAGGGCGCACCCGCGGCAGGUUGAUCGUGAAUUGAUUGACAUUUUCAUGGGAACCAUGCAGGGCCAACAUUGUGAAAUUUUGAUUAGCAGUGUGUCCACGAGAUUUUUUGACAUGGUUAUCAUGGGUGAAAGAGUAGAAGAAGGAUUGAAAAGUGGUAAAAUUCAGGGAGAUUCCAAUAGUCAACCAAUCUUGAAGAAGCCUUUCAACAGAUUCAAGAGGAAGGAAGGCGAGACCAGUUUCAUUUCUUCUCAGAGGGGGAGGGCGCCACCCAGGGCUCCUGCUCCUAUACUCUAUUAUCAAUACCCUUAUGUAACAGCUGCCCAAUAUCUAAAGAUACCUUAUUGUCCAGUUGCUCAUGUUCCUAUUCCAGCUUCAGUACCUCAGUAUCAAGUUCUAGUUCCUCAAUAUCAAGCUCCUCAAUCUCAGUUUCAGGCUCCUCCACCUUAG